UGCUGAGUGCCAACCAACCAAAACUAGUCUAAAAGCCGCAACCAAGGGAAAAAACAAUCCCUAAUUUUGUGAAUUGGGUACUCGACUCCAAUUACUGUUCUUGGGUUUCUACUUUCUAAGCAAAACCGUGCCAUUCGAAUCCAAACCCCCCACGAACAUGGAACAAGAAGCAGCGGAGUCACUGAUUCAGGUGGCGGGCUCAGAAGGGUCGAACCCGAAUAGCUCAGACGGGUCGGACCACCCAGCUUGCUCGGAGGCCGUGACCCGCGUCAAGAAGCUUCUUUUCCGGCGAAUGCUGGUCGGGAUCAAAGACGGCCGCUUUUUCUUGGGCACCUUUCACUGCAUUGACAAACAGGGUAACAUCAUUCUUCAAGACUCUGUGGAGUAUCGGAGCACUCGCCGGAAUUCGCCUUCUCCGAUGGAGCAGCGCUGCCUCGGUCUGAUUCUGAUCCCUAGCUCUUGUCGUGUCUCUUGCCAUGUCGGGUGCUCCAUUGAAGAACAAAUGAGUCUGCUUUCGGUCUAGAAUUCCAUGUUUCAUGUUUGUUUUGAAAUUUGUGUAUCAAUGCUGGGUUCAAAUUUGACCUCUUGUUUAAUCUUGGGGCUUUGGAUUUGUUAUACUUAGUAGGAAUGUUGCAGUAAUCUGCAUAGCUUUUCGAGUGUGUGGAUUUUCAAUUUUUACUGAGCAAUUGGGUA